CCAGCCUCCAUCACAACACAGCACUCCGUCUUCAAAGGGUCUUACUCAGUCUUCUUCAGCUUUUACACUCUCCAUUCAGCUUUAAGCUCUUAAGUACAGACAAAAUGUACUUCUCCUCCGCUCUCGUCGCCAGCCUCGGCCUCCUGGGCAUGACUCAAGCCGGCCCCGUCGCUCCCCUCGCCGCCCGCGACGUGGUCAGCUUCACCGUCGAGAAGACUGCCUCUGGCGAGAUUGAGUCCUUCGCCAACGCCACUGCCCUCGGCGUCGACAUCUUCGGCGACAUCCCCGACGACGGCGUCCGCGAGGGCGACCACGUUACCGCCGAGCCCGGAACCAAGGCCUGGGCUUGGAUCCGUGCCCAAAUCGACAUCGACUGGGACACCGUCCCCACCGAGCAGCUUGAGAAGCGCCAGGGCUGGGCCAACAUUGGUAUUGGCAUGUGGGCCCAGGACAACUGCCAGGGUCACGCGGCCUACUGGGAUAAUGUCCAAUAUAACGUGCACCAUUACGACACCAUCAACUACUUCUCCAUCGGCAUUCGCCACCGAGGUCUCCGCAGCGGUGAGCAGCUCGAUGUUAGCCGCCUGAGUGGCAGCGACUGGUGCGGCCACUAUGUAAAUACCAUUGCCUCUCCCUCUGGCACCGGAUGCGGUCAUGUCGGUCCCAUCAACUGCUUCCGCCUGUGGCUCAACUAAGUUGUUAAGGAAUGGGGGAGCACUGAGCACCUGGUGAGUGGUGUCGGUGCCGAAAGUGAACUUGGAAUCUCGAGUCUCGCGGUGGAGGUGGAGGGUGAGGGUUUUGCACAGCCCAGAGAGCCACGGGACUCAGCUAUAAGUACAUGGGGACUGGUGGUGUGGUCUCUACCUGCAAUCGUGAUUUCUUGUCACUCAUUCAAUUCCGCACGAUUCUGCCUUCCGAGCUCAGUACACAUAGUAUAGCCCUCAAUUUCGAAUGCUGAUCAGCUUCUACAAUGGUUGCAGUGUGUCGUUCUUGGUUUCGUGGUGGUGGUGGCUUGGGCUGUGUUAAGGCUCCAUAGAAACGGAAUUAUUAAAAUGAUC